AGAAGAAGAGUCAACGGGACGCCCCCCUCCCCCCUCCCCCUAGAGGACGAGAGGAGACCAACAAGUUGCCAUCAACGGCGUCACGCCCUUUGAGUGAAGGACUCCCUCCCAGGCGCAGAGACAGGGACAGCAGCAAAACGGCAGCCGUGGAUACCAGCACGCUGCGCAGUUCCGCUACUGUGAAAGCGACGACGCCGACGUCGCUGUCGACGCCACUGUCGCUGCCGCCGCUGACAAUUUGUCAGCCGCCAGCGCCAACGCCGCCUUAUCAGCGGCUGACCAAGGCGUUGCAAUGCGAUCCGAGAUGCGGUCACGAGGUAACAAUUGGCCGUCGCAUUGGCCUCUACAGAUUCUGUGGCGACAUCGGACGCGGCAACUUCUCCAAGGUCAAGCUGGCCGUGCAUCAGCUGACACGAGACAAGGUGGCCAUCAAGGUAGUUGACUUGGAUCGCGCCGGCCUCGAUGCGAAGGCGUUGCGCAUGCUCUCCAGCGAGAUAGCGACGCUCGAGUGUGUUCAUCAUCCCAACAUAUUGAGGCUCUUUGAGGUGGUCGAGACGCUGGGCCGCGUCUAUCUGGUCACGGAAUGGAUACGCGGCGGCGAGCUCUACAAUCACAUCACGCAGGGCGGGCCGCUGCGCGAGAUUCACGCGGCGCCGCUUUUCAAGCAGCUGCUGCUCGCCGUCAAGCACAUGCAUAGCUUGGGCUAUGUGCAUCGCGACAUCAAGGCGGAGAAUGUGCUGCUGCUCUCGGAGGAUCGCCUCAAGCUGGCCGACUUUGGUUUCAGCACACAGUUAAUUAAUGGUGCCAAUCAGAAGCUGGAUACAUUUUGCGGCUCGCCGCCGUAUGCGGCGCCGGAGCUGUUCUCCGAUGACCAUUAUAUUGGCGCCCCGGUCGAUGUCUGGGCCCUGGGCAUAUUGCUCUAUUUUAUGGUCGUCGGCAAUAUGCCAUUUCGUGCACCCACCAUACCCGGCCUCAAGGCAGCCAUACUCAAGGGCGACUAUCUGCUGCCCGGCCAGCUGAGCUUGCCCUGCAUAAGACUAAUUCAACGAAUCUUAAUCCAUGUGCCCGCCCAGCGGCCGACCAUAGACGACAUCCUGAACAGCCAGUUUGUCACCUGCCCCAAGCUGAGCGUGGAGCUGAUGCAGCUGGAAUUGAAUCUGCAUAGCAAGCCCGCCAAGCGUUCCAUAUUCUGGGUGCGCAAAUCGAAUCGGCUGCGGAAAAGCGCCUCGCUGCGGGAACGCUACGCGGAGGUGGUCAAGAAGCCGGCGAUUAGCAUGAACACGCGCCAGCAGGACGAGAUGUUCGUGCACAGCUUUUUGCAUCCCAUCGAGCUGGGACACGAACAGCCGACGGCGGCCAAUACCAAAGAGCUGGAGGCGAAUGGGGAGCCAGUGAAGCGUUCGGGUCCCGGCAGGCGUUAUCUCUUCUGCGGCACGCUCAAGAAGAAGAUAACGCCCAUCGAAACGGAGCCGGAGAAGCAGCUCUCGAACGGCGGCCCGCCGGCCAAGCUAAGCCCGUGGAGCAUCGAGGUGGCCGACGAUUGUCCGCUCUUCAAGAACUACGACGCGGAGACGGGCAGCUGCGUGAUGCUGCCCACCAAUACGGACGAUCUCAGCCAGCUGUGCGCCUUGGAGUUCGAGGCCAGGCAGCUGCUCGCCGAGCUCGGAGUUACCACACAGAUGCUAAUCAAUGCCAUACCGAGCGGACCAAGAUCCGACAUCAUUGGCGCCUAUCGGAUCGUGGUGAAUCGCCUCCAGAAACAAUCCUGGCUGGCGCGCAAGCAUGUGGAAAUGGCCCUGCAGCUGGAGCCGAAGACGGAGAAGCGCAGCGAGCGACAGUGCUGCAUAUUGUAGGCCAAUGAAUGUUGAGUGUUUAAUGCUUAAUUAAUUAUAAUAAUUAAUAAUUAAUAUUUAAUGAUUAGUGUCAAUUCUAUAGCCCAGCAAGGCAGGCGGACAGGCAGGAGUUAGGUGUGUUUCUCGUUUUUAGUGUAGAGCGACAGAAGAGCUGAAGAGUUCCUUAUUUCGUCUAGGUUCUGAGUUUAGCAAACUGUUAAUUAAUUAUAUUGAAGGAUAAUUAGAUAUGCUAUGCAUUAGGCGCCAUUAGACUGGUUUUUACAAUUAACAAGCCCCACAAAAGAAAUAUGUUUGAAAAACAA